GUUGGCGAGUUCAGUAUAAACAGAGAUACGCAUGAGUUAUAUCACCACACUUGAAUUUAUUAACAUUCCCUCACUCUCUGGGCCACGGUCUUGGGCGACUAUUUUUACCUCGCACCCAGCGAGACAAUUGUAAACUCUUUCGCCAAUUGGAAAGACGUUGGAGUCAGUGACAGACAUAAAUUAAUGCGCCUACAUAAAUAUCACCCAACGAUACGCUACGCCGGGCCACUUUAGAAGCUCAUGACUAACGGGAACUAAUUACAUACCUACGUAUUGAACAUCUGUGAACUAAACAUUCACAAAGAUACGAUUAUAUGAACUCUAUGUCGUAACUAAAAACAACGUAGGUAAUAAAAAAUACCUACUAACUUUUCCAUUAUUCGACAUGAAACUUGUUGCGAAACUAAAUUGCACGAAUUAUAUUGCCAUAUCCAUAAUCGGACUCGAGCAAUUUGACAAGGAUUAGAUGCUAGCUCUGCUGCGGACGCCACAGAUGGAGAACUGUAUGUCAAAAAAUUGCAUAACAAAGAAAAUCAUCAUGCCGGCGAUUUUACUGAUUCUAUUUAAAAUCAAUUCAAUAUUCGCUGAACAACUGCCGUGGGACAGGUGGAUGUUAGAUAAAGUUUCCCCGGAACCAGGAAUAUCGAGACGUCAUAUGAUUGGGAAAGUCUACAAUAUACCCUAUAAAGCUCCUAAUUUUAAUUGUGAAUGUCCUCCAAACAAAGAAUGCAAGUUAGAUUUCGAAAUCGAUGAGGAAGCACUAGACUUCUUAAAACUCCAUGGCAUUGUGAAAAAGCACGAAGAAGCACAAUUGAAACAACACAUGUCAGUUGGAAAAAAGAAAACUAUUCGUAAAUACAUUUAUAGCAGAAGAGCAAUGAAGAAUGGUGGUGUACCGCAAGAGCAAUGCUGCUGCCCGCCAAUAACUCGUGCAAUGUGAUAACGAUUUCCUACCUUUCCUUUAAGAAUAUUUUACAAUGUUAAACAUUUCGUUAGUUUUACACCUUCGCCUAGAGCCCUUGCAUCUUACGGACAUUUGCUAAUAGCAUAUGUAGGUAAAUGGACAAGUUUAAAUCUGUUGGGUUAAGCCACUUAAACUUAACGACUAAAACUUUUUAUACGA